AUGUCGUCUCACUCCCCCCUCGGCAUCGAUCAGGUCUUCCUAGGCUCCUGCGACGAAGUCUCUAAAACGCUGAGCUUUCGGUCUCCUACCUCCACCCUCGUCUCCCUCUCCCCCACUGACUGUAAAUUUGCAAAGCUCAGCUUCGGCGAGAACGAGGAGGACGUCGUCUCUGACGCGGAACGCCUCUCCGCCUUCUACGGCAACGCCAUCAACGACUUCUACGGCACUCCUAGCGGUGCUCUGUGCGUCUAUAAGAGCGGAGACGCCUGGCCCGUACGCACCGGUCCCGAGUCCCAGCGGAUCAUCAGAGAAGCUCGCGCUGUUCACGGUCAUCCUAUGCAAGCCACCUGGCCUGCUCUCGGCGAGGGUGUCUACAAAUUGCUCGACGACAAGAUGGUUCGUUGGACGUCGAUAGACCCCCUCGCUUUCGCAGAGGCGGGGAAGGGGACGUUCAGCCCGCUUCUUAUCUGGAUCGGUGUCGAGCCCACGUCUCUCACCUUCGAGCUUGCCAAUACUGCGGCUGAGGCCGUCACUUUCCUCCUGGCUGAGGCUGGCUUCAGCGGGAUCGAAAUUGGCUUCCGUGAGUCGGUCGUCACCCGCUCCACCGCUGGCCCGAAGAUGCUAUCCUUCGACCUCUUCAGUGACUCCGUCCCCGAGUUCCGCAAGCCCUUCACUCCCGCUCUAGGCCUCGCUAUCGCGCCUCUCAAGACUCCCCACUAUGAGGGCACCGGCGCUCUCUACUUACGCGAGAGCAACGAUAGCAAGCGCGUUUUCCUCCUCACUUGCGCCCACGUCGCUCGACCUCCUCCCGUCUCUUUCGAUACGGGCCUAGCUCGCAAGACCACGAGCCAUCCCCGCGAGGGGGUUAUCGCCCUAGGCGACUCGGGCUACACCAGCGCUCUCAAGAUGAUGAUGGGCGCCAUCGGCGACCUGAACCGCUCUAUCAAGGACUGGGGGGUCGUGCUUCGCCGGCUGGGCGAGCCCCAGGAGGGCGAGUCGCCUGUGAAGAUCCAGAGGCGGCACGAGCACUUAGACCUGUGGACUAUUCCAGACCAGCGCCUUAUUGGCGAGGUCGUCCACGUUGAGCCCAUCCAAGCUGACGUCCCACACCACGGGUUUACAAAGGACUGGGCCCUAAUCGCGCUUCAUAACGAUAAGUUCGACUGGAGUACGUUCAUGGGCAACAAAGUUUACGUCGGAGGUAACCUCUCGUCGUUGGAGUACGGCAAGAUCAUGUUCCCCCAUACGGAGGACCAGGCCAACUACGGGUACCCAGAGGACGGUCUCCUUCGGGCAUUCGGUGUCGUCCAGCCCGACGAGAUCCACAACCCCCAGCACCUCGACUCUAACGGGGAACCAUGCCUCCUCGUCGUCAAGAACGGUCUGACGACGGGCACCACGAUCGGUCGGGUUACGGGAAUGGACUCUUUCACCCGCGUCUACAAGGAAAACGAUAUCGACCAGACGUCGAGGGAAAUCGCCGUCCUCCCCUACGGUAAUACGAACGGUCCUUUCUCCGCCCCUGGAGACUCAGGCUCUAUCGUCCUCGACAGGAACGGCCGUAUCCUCGGGAUGCUCACCGGGGGUGCUGGCACCACCAACAGAACCGACGUCACCUAUCUCACACCGUACUGGUUCAUCGAGAAGGAGAUCAAGAAGCACUUCCCCAAGUCCUUCCUGUACGAUGUCGUCCAGAAGAACGUCGAGUAG